CAGUGUUGUGAGUGUACGUGCAUUUCGACGAGUGGACCAUCACCUGGCGAGGACCUCGCCGUCGCAGGAGGCUAUCCGAAGGCGUGAUCAACAAUUCUGCGCGGCUGGGCAUCGCGAGAUUCCUCCGCAGUUCGCCAAGGCAGGCGACGAAAGGCAGAGAUAUGUCUUGUGGAGCGUACGUUGGCAAGUUCGGGGGUUAAGAGAGGCUGACUUUUAAUCGCGCACUCACACAGACAGACUGAAGAGUGUGGGAGGAAAAUUCCGUUCGCCGAGCUAUUUCUGGGAAUCCGUCGUCUUGUCGCUCGUUCACGUGCGCCUUAUCGGGCCCAUCGACCGGACGAAGUUCGCUCGCUCGGGGGAUUAAUUAAGAAGCGUGAUUUCUGCAAUUCCGACGCUGCCGCCACCACUACCACGACCAUCAUCACUACCACCAUCGCCGCCGCCGCCGUCGCCGUCGCCAUCGCCACCAUUGUAAUCAACGUCGUCGAGUAUCAGACUGGUGAAUGAGGUCCGACGAUCGUCGCCUGCCCACGAGAAUGAUUCACGCUGCCUACGCAAUUUACUACGCUGCUCGUGUGGCGAACCAGGCGCUUACCGUUUCGCCACAGCCGGCAGUAACGGUGGAGGGGCCGGUGUCCAAAAUGUCUCCACCGACGAACGACGUGAACAACGGUGUGGUAGCGUCUCCUAGCACCCUGGCGCCUCGGGUUCCACCGACCACGAACCCGUCCCUCACCAAUCCACCGACGCACAAGCGUACCCCGAAGGACUUCAUCUUCGGCAAAGUGAUCGGCGAAGGAAGCUUCUCCACCGUUUACCUUGCCAAGGAUAUCCACACCAGCAAGGAGUACGCGAUCAAGGUGUGCGAUAAGAGUCAUAUAAUCAAGCAGAAGAAGACCGAGUACGUGAAGCGCGAGAAGGAGGUGCUGAACAUGCUCGCGGACGCCAAGCAUUCGUUCGUGCGCUUGUUCUGCACCUUCCAGGACGCGGAGAGACUAUACUUUGUCAUGUCGUACGCUAAGAACGGCGAGCUCCUGCCUCACAUCAACAAGGUGGGCUCUUUCGACAUCGAAUGCACCAAGUUCUACUCGGCCGAGAUCCUACGCGGUCUCGAAUAUUUGCACGGGCUCGGUAUCAUUCACCGAGACCUCAAGCCGGAGAACAUUCUGCUGGACGAGAAGAUGCACGUCCUCAUCACCGACUUCGGCUGCGCCAAGAUCCUCAAGGACGACCCGGAAACGCCCGCGGACGCGGACGCUCAACAGCAACCGCGUUUCAGGGAACGCAGCGGCUCCUUCGUCGGUACCGCUCAGUACGUGUCACCAGAGCUAUUGACCAACAAUAGGGUUAGCAGAGCGUCCGAUCUCUGGGCCCUGGGCUGUCUCGUCUACCAGAUGGUCGCUGGCUUGCCACCUUUCCGAUCGAGGAGCGAGUACGUAAUGUUCCAGAAGAUCCUGAAACUCGAAUACGAUAUACCAGACGGUUUCUGCGAGCUGGCCAGAUCGUUCGUCAGUCAGCUUCUCGUAUUGGAACCGACGCAACGACUGGGCGCUCUGGACGAACACGGUGCUGGUUAUCCUAGCAUCCGGGCGCAUCCCUUCUUCGAGGGCGUCGACUUCGAGACCCUCCACGAGCAGACACCGCCACCGAUUUAUCCGUAUCUGCCCGGCACGUCGGAACGUGAGGAGCUCAGGUCGCAAUACAGAGUGCCCGAUAAUCUCGAGCCCGGGCUGGAUCAGAAGCAACUCACCAGGCUCCUCUGGCUGGGCACCGAAGACACCGAUGAUGACAAUGAUACCACCCGAGCAGAGCAACGCGCUGUUAACGCGUUCUUUAGCGAUAUUAUCGCAAACGUAGACAAGCCACUGAGAAGAUGCCCCAACAACAGACCCGACAGCGUCGCCAACAUCGCCAAUUUGACGCCGGAACAGAUUAGGAUGCGGCUGGAGAAACAGCGCACUACGAAUCAGUGGCACUCUUUCGUCGAGGGCAAUGUCAUAUUAAAGCAGGGUUUCGUCAAUAAGAGGAAAGGCUUGUUCGCCAGGCGGAGAAUGCUUCUUCUUACCACCGGACCGCACCUGUACUACGUCGAUCCCUUUAAUAACGUGCUCAAGGGCGAAAUACCCUGGAGUCCAGAACUGAGGGUCGAGCCAAAGAAUUUCAAGAUCUUUUUCGUCCACACGCCAAAUAGGACGUACUAUCUCGAAGAUCCCGAAGGAUUUGCAUUAGAAUGGUGCAGAGCGAUCGAGGAGACACGUGUCCACUGUUACGGCCUGCAGGAGAUGACCACCACUUAAAAUGAAAACUGGAGAGAUCCAAAAGACAGAACACGUAACGAGUGGUAAUGUCCGCGAGUGGCGAUCGUUAAAGAUCGAUUUGUUUCGACGAAAAAGAUGACAAAAUCGAUUGUUCACGUAUCAGACGAUUGUAAAAAAGUAGACUACUAGACUUAUUGCGCGUGCCCGAAUCGCGCUCUGUAUAGUUUAUUAGGCAGAAUUCAUUAGGCAAAAAAUUCCAAAACGCGACCUCCGUCGUCGAGAGUCGCCGUCGCGCGCGGUAUCCAUUAUCACUUACGUUCGCUAUUUAUUGACGACCCUUCAGAGAGAAUCGCAUCAUCCGCUAGAACCGCACGGUGUGUGCGCGAAAGAAGAAAAGAUGGAGGAUUAGAGAAAUUUUUAGCCAAGGCUUCGGCUGUGUAUUCGCAGCGCCUGCCGCCGUAUGACGUAACUCGCGUGAGAUCGAGGUCGCCCCAGUGGGAGGCAAAGGAAAAUAAAGUUCACGCACUCGUAAAUUUCAAUGUUUACAAUUCUCGCGACAUGCAUCAUCCGGAUCCCACGCACGAGCACAAAUUUUCGCACGCAACUCGACUUUCGGUGGAAAAAAAGAGAAGUAAUGAUGAAAACAAGGAAAAAAAACCUAAAAUACCGAAUCGUCCCAGGAAAGAUCCUCCCGUUCGGAGGCGCCCUUAGUCGCACAAAACACGCUUCAUACGGCGCUAUUAUAGUACUUUAUUUCUAAUAGUCCAAUUCCACAAACGCGAUGAAAAAGCGAUGCGUAUUUAGAUGAAAUUUAAAAGCCGCGGCGGCACGCGGCGGUGUGUAACGUCGCCGCGCAAGUUUAGACGUCAAUUUAGCCACAUGAUUAGCCAAAAAAAGGAAAAAAAAAGAAAACGAAAAAUGCAGUGAAAAAGACAACGAAACAACGCUACGCAGCUUUAACGAAAUCGUUUUACGUCGCCUGUAAAGGAUCCUCGGAAUCUCGCGACAUUCCGGGCGAUCUUUGCUCUCUUCGCGGUGUACAGAUAGAUAUUGUUCGUCAAAUCGUUUAAAUCGUCAUCCCUCUUUCGCGUAUUCGUAUUCGCGUCGCCCUUUCUCGUAAAUAUCCUCUCUGUAAAUAUCAUAAAUCACGUCUCUAUACGAAGAGCAGGCCGCGUAAAAGCACUUUGUAAUAUAGUAGAUAUAUAAGUAGAAGAAAAGGAAAAGUAUCGCGUUGUCUUACCACGGCAUUUUUCGUUCGCUUAAUUACGCCCUCUCGUCAUCUGGCCCUCGCGGACUCCCGAGCGUACGAUCGGUGAUUUGUAUCAAUGGGAAAAUAUUGAUUAAAAGGGGAAAAUCGGUGUUCACACGUUUUUCUCAGUAUGUUCGUACGUAAGAGGAAGCGGUGGAGAAAAUGGGCAUAGGAAACGAGGAAAAACUUGAUUUUUCCUCUUGCAAAAGACUUACAAUCUGCCUGAAAAGAAAGGACUCUAGGACUAAUAAUAUAGACUCGUUUGAUAGCUUUAAGAGGCGCUAUAGUAAAAUUCGCUUAGAGCGCGCAUCGUCGACUCGUUACAUCGUUGUCAUUGGCGCGAUUAUUAUUUACGAUAUGAUUUAUAGCACGUUCGAGCGAAAAUUAUUAUCGCCCGCAUAAUUAUUGCCGCAAUAUUUCGGCGAGUAUUACGAGUAUUAAUUUUUUCCUCGCAUAUGUACAAUAUAAAUUAGGUAUUUAAUUAAACACGGCCUCGCGCUUCGUUAAUUUAUUUCUACUGUUACUUGCCUCGAAUUAUUUAUUCCUUUUUUUCUCUCUUUUUAAAUAUCGUGCGUCGAGGACCGCAACGCGCGCGCGUUCGCACAUAGAGAUUACAGACUAGUUAACAGUCUACACCGCGCUCUAUAUAUUUACUAUAUAUUAUUAGAGAAUAUAGCGCUAUUACUACUAUUACUACCGUCACCACUGCGUUGUUGCUGCGUUACUGCGUACAUAUAUAUAUUAUAUAUAUUCUAUUAUAUUAUACGUCAACUAUUGUCGUUAGAUUUAGCCGUUUUUAGGUAUACACCGUUUAUUGUGAAUACGUAUUACCGCGUUGAUAAGAGAGGAAGAAAUUGAAGCGCGAUUCGACCUGAUAUCGCGAGCGAGCCGUAGUCCGACCGUGUGUAUAAAGCUGUACAUUAAUAAAAAUAUUUAUAUAGAUAUAUAUUAUACGGUAUAUAUAUAAAAUAUUUAUAUAAUGUGAAUAGUGCAUAGUUGGGAGGGGGGGGGGGGGCUGUAUAAAUGUUCAUAGGAUAAAAUCGCGUUUAGGUUUAGGUUUAAUUCUCGUUGAUAUUCUCGGCACGGCUCGUUCGCGAUUAUGCUAACGAAAAGCUUUAUUAGUCUCUCUCCUCUUUAUCUCUCUUUCUCUCGCAUGGCGCAGACAUAAACAGGGUAUUCGGGGGAUGGCCGAGGCGGCUGGUGGUUGGCGCGUGUUGCGCCGUGCGAUGUUCGAAAAAAUGGUGAUUCGUUCUUUUACGGAUCGGCAUUGUCCUCGCUGCCCAGUGGCUUUGCUCAAAAUGACCGCUUUUGGCGGGCCGCGUACGGUGCGUGCGGACGAGAAACGGGGAGCGGGCGAGCAACCACCGUCAGCGUCCACGGCUGGACUCCACAUUCUUUUUUCUAGUGAGAACUAUUCGCGAGAGGGAGAGCUUGUCCCUUUAGUUCUAUGUUUCGCUUCAGACGAAUCGCACCUCGAUUUCGCAACGUAGUCUCUCUACCGUGAAUGAAGCACGUGUGUCGGAGAAUUUUUUGGUUUAUAUAUACAUAUAUUAUAUCGUGCAAAGUCAUACAUAAGAGAAAAAAUAUAUUUUUCGACAUAGGAAUAAAUAUAUUUCCGUGCAUGUGUAAAUAUAUCACGCAUCGAUGUUGUGCUUCUUUUCCGGGGAGAAAGAGUACGUACAAUUAAAAAAAAAAAAAGUCCGAUCGCCGAUCUCGUAUCUCGCAAACACGUCGAAGUCUUCUUUCUUUUCUGUAUACGAGAUAGGGAGAACGGAUCGCGCGCGCGCGUCGUUUUCAUCGCGGAGAAACUUUGCAGGGCCUAUGUUUUGUGCAGGCGUUGCAAACUUUCAGAUGGGAACGCGCGCACGUAUGUUUUUCUUAGGAAAAUUGAGGGGGGGGGGUUACACAAAGGCGCGUUUUGAUUUUUUUUUCCGAAAAAGGCAAAGGAGCGUUGUCGAACGUGUUUCGUUCUUGAAACUCCUGCCGGCCCUUCAGUCCAUACGCUUGGACCUUCAGUCUCUCAUACUAUAUCACAAUAAAAUAAUCGAUUCGGACGUCACUUCGUUAAGGAGCUACGUCCAAGACGCUACGUUCACCAAGAGAAAAUAACUAAUUUAACUAGGCUUAAAGUUUUUCAGAGGAGACGUAUACUUAAAUCGGAAUUCUUACAUCGUUACGAAAAUUAUUUGUACAAUCUGCGAAACACGCAAGUAAUAACAGCAAGGCCUUGCGGACGUUCAGUUGCCUACUGUUUCGCUAUAGAAACGCGUUUCAACUAUUGAUUGCAGUAUUACUAAAUGUAUACAGAUUAAAUGUAAUACAACUACACACACACACAAACACACACACACACACACAACACAGAAACUCAAAAAUAUACACUUGCGCAACCUACGAGAAGACUUUGUAAAUAGUUAGGAUAUUGAUAUUAUAGGCGCCAAGAUGUAUUAAGAAUAACAUCAAAUUUAUUCAGAAUAAAUCUUCCGAAAUAUCG